AUGCUCUCGUCGCCGGUUUCUGUUUUUGUCAAGUGGUUCUGCUUCGGCCAGAAGUCUGCUGCUCGGGCUGGUGUCAGCCACCCGCCGCGGGUGACCAGCUCUCCCUCAGCCGCAGUUGGAAAUUAUCGGUCGGCGCUGGUGCUCAGUCAGAGCUCGGGAUCGCGGCUCGAGGUUAAGGCUCGUUGUCGGACUGGAGGUCGAAGGUCGAAGUCGCGGCUCGACGUCGGAGGUCAAGGGUCGCUGUUCGUCUUCUCGCCGGAAAUUGGGGCUCAAGGUCGCGGCUUGCUGCUCGUGGUCGGACGACGUGAUUGCCGUGAAAUUGAAGCUGCGGCUGAGCUUUUGGAGAUGCUUAAAUGGGGAAUCUAUAGGGCUUGCUCGUGGGAGAAGCGUGUGCUGGGAGACAGCACAGACAGACUCCACACUGCGCAGAGGUCUCUCUCUACAAAAAUGGGCCUCGCCUCAAAAGGAGAGGGAAAUUUGAUUGCUUCGGGUAAAGGAAACAGAAAUGGGCCUCGCCUCAAAACUCCAAUUUAUGGACCUCCGGUCUAG